GGCUACCAGUUGUACUUCCUGUUUCUGUUACGCGACAGUCCGCCAUGUGCGUGUGAAUGUUUGACUUAUUUACCUAACACUUACUUUGCAAACUUAACGGAGACCUCACUCGGUAUUUUGUUCCCCGGCGCGACGAGCCGCAGACAUGUCCGCUCACGGAAGCGCUAUCGUCGGCCUGUUGUCCUACGAGACGCUGGUGCACGCCGUGGCGGGAGCGAUGGGCAGCGUCACAGCGAUGACCACCUUUUUCCCGUUGGACACGGCUAAAAGUCGCCUGCAGGUUGACGAGACUCGAAAGUCAAAAUCCACCCCAAUCAUCCUGGCUGAAAUAGCCCAGGAAGAGGGCGUGCUGGCUUUGUACAGAGGCUGGUUUCCGGUCAUAUCCAGCCUCUGUUGCUCCAACUUUGUCUACUUCUACACCUUUAACACACUCAAGAGGCUGACAGCCACCGGGCGCCACCAAUCAAGACUUGGCAAGGACCUGCUCAUUGGCAUUGUUUCAGGGGCGGUAAAUGUGAUCCUGACCACACCCAUGUGGGUGGUCAACACUCGUCUGAAGCUUCAGGGAGCAAAAUUCAGAAAUGAGGACCUUCAUCAAACGCAUUACCAGGGCAUUUUUGAUGCGUUUUCACAGAUUAUAGCCAGCGAGGGAGUGGGGACUCUGUGGAACGGCACGCUGCCGUCGCUCAUCCUCGUCCUCAACCCGGCGGUGCAGUUCAUGUUCUACGAGUCAAUGAAGAGAAGGGCAGGUCAAGGAGGGAGGAAGAUAUCAUCUGCAGAGAUCUUCUACAUUGGAGCUGUUGCCAAAGCCGUCGCGACCACUGCAACAUAUCCACUGCAGACAGUUCAAGCCAUCCUGAGGUUUGGCCAGCAUAAAGGUGAUGGGAAGAGCGGCCUGAUGGGAAGUCUGGCAAACAUUUUCUCCCUACUCAUGGAUCGCAUCAAAAAGCACGGCCCUCUCGGGCUGUACAAAGGCUUGGAGGCGAAGCUGCUUCAGACGGUCCUAACGGCCGCCCUCAUGUUUGUGGUGUAUGAGAAGAUCACCGCCGCCACCUUCAAGCUGAUGGGCCUGCACAGGAAGCUCAAGCAGUGAACCGCAGACCUGCGAGUGGACGUGGACGCACACUUGAGCACCAAGAGGUGGGAUUUGUGCCUUUCUUAAGGAUGCAGCUUGCUCACCCUCACUUUAAAUAUGCAACAUAACCAGAAGGCAUUGCAUACUUGCCCUUUUUGGAAGAAAAAAAACAAACUUAACUGUUUGGUUAUUGUGUUAAACCAAUUUGAGAUUCAUGUGAGGCAACUGCUACACAUUUAUCAUAACCAUUCCUCUCACACGCACGGCCUUAUUUUUUAAGGGAAGGCUUAAGAUGAAUAUUCCUCUCUGUCAGAUGAAAAUAGUGACCUAUUUAAAGAAUCUUAUAUUUAAUUUAAGCUUAUACAUAUGCAUACCUGCCAACUACUCCGGUUUUCCCGUAAUUAGUACGGUUUUCAUCAACCUAUUCCGGGUUACGGUUGCAGUGAUAAAAAAUACGGUUUUUCAUUACCGUAUUUUCCGCACCAUAAGGCGCCCUGGGUUAAAAGCCGCGCCUUCAAUGAACGGCAUAUUUCAAAACUUUGUCCACCUAUAAGCCGCCCGGUGUUGUAAGCCACAUCUAACUGCGCUAAAGGAAUGUCAAAAAAACAGUCAGAUAGGUCAGUCAAACUUUAAUAAUAUAUUAAAAACCAGCGUUCUAACAACUCUGUUCACUCCCAAAAUCUACGCAAAUGUGCAAUCACAAACAUACGUAUAUCAACAUGGACAGAGCUGCGUGAAAAAAGCCACCCGGCCUCUUCGCGUAAACUUAAACUUACCUUAACCACUCGCUCAUCUUUUCUUCAUCCAUCCCUUCGAGUUAGCUUUUAUGAUGACGCCGGCUGGAAAGGUCUCUUUUGGCAAGGUCUUCCUUUUGAAUAUCAC